CUAACCGCUUCUGCCUGGGCUGUGACGAGAUCACAGGAAAAGGAGUCGAGGCAGGCAAGUGCAGCUGUCAAAGUUCGCGGCUGAUGUGAAAGAACAAAUUGCCGUUUUGGGAUGCGUAUUACUGGACAAGUGGAUUACAGUUUGUUGAAUUUAAUCUGGAAAGCGUAAAGAUGUUUUCUCGGAAGAAAAAGGAACUGUCCAAAGCGCCUUCGAUUUCAAAGAAGACUCAGUCAGGAAAUCCUCCACCGCACAACACCUCACUCUCCGUUCUCCAGGAGCAGCCUCACAGAGACACUAUUGAUGGUCUGUCCACUCAGGCACUGCUGGACUCUGUCCCCUCUUCAUGUCCCAGCACACCAGCCAUCCACUCCAAGCUGGGUGGGUGCUCCUCGCCAGCCCCAAAUCUCAAACGGCCCACAGGCCUCAGUCGCCAUGCCAGUGCUGCUGGCUUCCCUUUCCAGACUGCUGGAACCUGGGGCUUCAACAAGGCCCAUGGCAGGGCUGCUUUGGCCCAUAGCCCAACCAUGGAGAAUGCAGAGGGGACUGUCAUUGAUGUGGAGGAAAUCCCUCCACUUUUAAGGGACGUGGCCCGCUUUGCAGAUGCUGUGGAGAAGUUGAAGGAUAUGGUGCUGGUGGAAGAGAAGGAGUCUCGGAGGGCUGUGGCUCACGAGUGUUUGGGGAAGGUGUUGCGUGUCCUGCGGCAGGUGAUCAGCACGUAUCCUCUGCUCAACACCGUGGAAACACUCACAGCUGCUGGCACACUCAUCUCGAAGGUCAAAGGCUUCAGCUACGAAGGCAGCACUGAGGCACAGAAGAAGGACUUUGAGAAAGCCAUCGAGACCAUCGCAGUGGCCUUCAGCAGCAAUGUGUCCGAGUUGCUGAUGGGGGAGGUGGACAGCAGUACCCUUCUGUCUCUGCCUCCCACAGAGAAGAGCAGGUCUAUGGAGAAUCUGUGUGGAUCGUCGGCAGGGCAAGGGGAUGAUGGAGGGAGUGGCCAGUGUGACCAUGAGGACUGCAGUGACCCAGAGGAAGUGGAUAUCCUGCUGCAGCACAGUGAAGGUGGGGUAGACUCUGCGCUGUCCUAUGCAAAAACCAUCGCCAAGUACAUGAAGGACAUCAUCACUUAUGUGGACAAACGCAUCGCUCUGGAGAUGGAGUUUGCUAAAGGACUUCAGAGGCUGUACCAGUCGAGCAAGCAGAGCAUCACUCAGAACCACAUGCCCUUGCUGUCUAUCUUUUCUCUGGCCCUCGAGCAGGACUUGGAGCAGAGUAUUGGAGUGCAGCAGUCCACGAACUCUGUUCUCACUCACUCCUUUCUACAGCCACUCAUGCAGCGUAAACAGGAGCAUGAGAAGAAGCGGAGAGAGAUUAAAGAGCAGUGGCAGAGGGCCAAGAGGAAACUGGCGGAGGCAGAAAAUAACCUGCGUAAGGCGCGACAAUGGUACCUGACCCGCUGUGAAGAGUAUGAGAAGGCUCGUUCGGUGGCCAAUAAAGUGGAGGAAGAGCACAGCGGAACAGGAAGUGGCUCCACCAACAAAGCGCUGGACAGGAAGAGACGACUAGAGGAGGAAGCCCGCAACAAGGCAGAGGAGGCUGAGGCCACAUAUCGGACGUGUAUCGCUGAUGCCACCACUCAGCAGCAGGACCUGGAGGAUGUGAAGGUGAACGUGCUCAAACAGAUUCAGGAUGUCAUCAGACAGAGUGACCAGAUACUGCGGGCGUGCACCAUCUCGUACUACCAGAUCCUGCAUAUGCAAACGGCGGCAUUGCCUGUGCACUACCAGACACUAUGUGAGAGCUGUAAGCUGUACGACCCAGGCCAGCAGUAUGCUGCUCACAUCAAAAACCUGCAUCUGAGGGCAGAGCCCAUCACAGUCUACCAGUUUGAGCCAUACUCCGCCUCCAGCAUACAGCCUGCUCGCAUACGCCAUGACAGCCUCACCGAAGACCAGCGGCAGAGCAGUGGUGAGGCCCCAACCACCAAUGAGGAGGCAGCAUCUGGAGACGGGGGCGUGGUCAAGCACAGAAGAGGUCGAGAUCAUCAGGCUCAUAAGUCCUGGCCUUCUACUCUGAGUGACACAGAUAGUGUGGGAGGAGGAAGUGGCUUGGGCUCCCCCACCACCAGCACAGGAGAUGUUUCUAAGGCUCCACGGCCAGUGUCAGCUGGUACCUUGUCAUCAAAUGAGGACAUAGAUGAGCAGGACAGUAAUGUAGCCUCUUUUGAACAAAGUAUGAAUGGAAUUGAGCCAGAGAUGACUGUCUCCACUGGCCCAUUUCGAAACGUGGGUCUGUCCAAAGCUGCCAAGACACAUCGGCUACGGAAACUCCGCACUCCAUCCAAGUGCCGCGAGUGUGACAGCUAUGUGUACUUCCAGGGAGCAGAGUGUGAGGAGUGUUUCCUGGCCUGUCAUAAGAAGUGUCUGGAAUCCCUGGCAAUCCAGUGUGGUCACAAAAAGCUGCAGGGCCGACUGCAGCUGUUCGGCCGAGACUUUGCCCAGGUGCUGCAGGGCAACUCAGAGGGAGUGCCCUUCAUCAUCAAGAAGUGCAUCCAGGAGAUCGAGAGGAGAGCACUCAGGAUGAAGGGAAUAUACCGUGUAAAUGGAGUGAAGACUCGAGUGGAGAAGCUGUGUCAGGCAUUUGAGAAUGGUAAAGAGCUGGUGGAGCUUUCUCAGGCUUCUCCUCACGACAUCAGCAACGUGCUUAAACUCUACCUGCGACAGCUCCCCGAGCCCAUCAUGCCAUUCCGUAUGUAUAACGAUCUCAUGGGGCUGGCUAAGGAGAGCCUUCACUCUAUAAGUCCAGAGAGAGGAGAAGGGGCUAAAGGCCCGGAGCUGGAGGACCUGGGGCCACAAACUGACCCAAAGGUGAUCACUCUGGUGGAGAAACUCAGAGACCUGCUUAAGGAUCUUCCACCCACCAACACCUCCACACUGAAAUACAUUGCGCGGCACCUGCGCAGAGUGGCUCAGCUGGAGCAGGACAAUAAGAUGAGCACCAGUAAUCUGGGUAUCGUGUUUGGGCCAACGCUGAUGCGACCCAGACCCACAGGUGCCACCAUCUCACUCUCCUCUCUGGUAGACUACCCGCACCAGGCCCGCAUCGUGGAGGCCCUCAUCAUCUUCCAGCAGCACAUCUUCAUCUCCUCUGACUCUCGUCCACUCUCCUCAUCCUCUCUGACCUUCAUGUGCCAGGGCCAGGAAAGUCCUGAUGGAGCUCAAGAAGGUGAGGAGGAGCAGAGCAGACUGAUCACAGAGCAGGACUGUGGUAACUCUCUGGGUUCGUCUGGCUCUCGAGAGCGCUCUCUGGACUCCGACUCCGAGGCUGAGGAGUUGGGCAAAGUGAGCAAACAGCGCCCACCUCUGGUUAGCCAGGAGAGUGAGACCAGCACAGAGGACGACCAGCUGAGUCCCAGAGUCAGCCUGGACCUCAGCACCAUCGUACCAGAAACCAUCCCAGAGCAGCCUGUCAGCACACCUGACUCUGAACCAGCAGAUUCUGAGUAGCUUUCAGACUAUUAGAGAACUAGAAAUGGGAAAUAUUAACAAAACUUGAUCAGUUGAAAUCUGCAAUACUACCAUGGUAAUAUUUCUGAUGGUGUAAGUAUAAAAAGUGUAAAAAAUGGAUAGUCCGCAGGAGGACUCGACUAAUUUCUUUUUGUUGUUUUUGUUUGUUUUUAGAUGUAUCCUCAAUAUCUGAACGUUCUUUCAGGCAUAUUUCCAAAGAGAUGUUUUGUGAUGUUUAAUAUUCUAUAAUGACCAUAGGACAAUAUUUCAGUAAUCUGAAUUGCAUUCUCUAUGGACUUAUUGUACCACGAGCAAAUUCUGGAACAUCUUUGAUGGUCAUAGGGCAAAUAUUUUGAUAUUUGAAUAUUUUUACUGAUAGAGCACACAGGUUAAAGUACAGCAGGAUUAUUUGAAUAGGUUUAUAAACUUUUUCACUACUGAUACUUAAACUACAGUGCUGUACAUCUCAAGAUCAGUCUACAUUAUUACAUUUUGUUUUUUCCUUUUUGUACUAAGUUAUAGUUUAUACCAUCUAUUGUUGGAUUUCAGUAUUUUAUUACCUGCCAACGUCUUUUUUUAACUUUUAAUUCAUCUGCUUGACUUCAGCAAGACAUUGGUUGGAAGAUACUGGUAUUUUUGGCACAUAUGAUUUUUCUAUAAAUGACAAGAAAAUUAUUUUGGUCUUAACUGGGGAACAAAUGUGUAUGAUAUACUAUACGUUUGUAUUUGCGGUAUUAGCUUACUGCUGGUCAGUGCGCUACAUCUAAUACCUAUAUUGACUACUCAGACCUCUAAGCAGAUUUUCAGAUUAUUAUACAGAACAUCACAGCAUACGUAUUUAGAGAGGUUUCCCUUCAACAAUUUACAUACAGUAUAUUUAAAUCAUAUUUUAUGUUUCUUUUUUAAAUAUUGUGUGUUUUUACUGUACAUAUAUUUAGGCAGUGGUCGGAUCUGUUACUGUCUCUAAUUUGUAAUGUUAUGUUAAACCCAAGGUGUUCUGUAGGCACUUGGCACUGAAUUCUAUUCGUUUCAUUCUCCUCAUGUCUGCUGUAUCAACGUAAACUGGAAACCCAGGUUUCUAUAUAAAAAUAAUAUUAUAUAUUGAGAUCAGAGCAACAAAGGUAUUGCCCUGAUGCUCAGCUAUACUCUCUAAAGUACUGUUCAGAAUUAAAUUCUUUGUUUUUAACCUGAUGUGGUUAUUACAGACAUUUUCACCUAGCAUUGCAAAAUGUUCUGCAGUUUUCAAUAUGUAAUUACAGUAGCACUUGUUAACUCACUCAUUUGGGUCUAAAAAUAUACUGAUGUUAGCUUGUUUUGUUUGUCUAUUUAAUUGUCCCCUUUUAACUCCUUAACUCUAAAAAAAAUAACUCCUUUAAAAAUAAGAUGUUGAAUGCAAAUGUUUAUCCGGUUACUUUAUAAUUAAUGUACUUAAAAAAAUAGAAGAAAACAAAAACAGUGGAAUGUGCAAAAGCACGGGUGCUCAGUUCUGGUCCUGGAGAGUUCAGAUCCAACUCAACAGGCUCUAAUAUUGAGAUGCUCCCGACGGUCUUCAUUACCUGGAUUGUGUGUUAGAGUAGGGCUGGAGCUCAACACUGCAGGGUGAUAGAUCUCCAGAACCAGCUGGGCACCCCUGUGCAGACGCCAGCCUCUUUUAGGGUUUUAGUUUCUUGAUUGUCACAUUUACCUCCAGAAUUUACUUAUUUUUAGUGGAAUCCAUUCCUCCAUCCACCUGUGCAGUGUUUCCUGUGCCACCAGCUGCCACGCAACCCCAUAGUAGAUCCUGCUCCACCUUCAACAGUUGGCAAAGUAUUCUUUUCUUCAAAUGCUGCUCCUUUUUUUUUUUUACCUCCAAACAUGCCUUUGGUGAUUGUGACCAAAGAGUUCUGUUUUUACAUCAUCAGUCCAGAGCACUUGUUUUCAAAAUGCCUUUGGCUUUUCUAGAUGUGUUUGCGUGCUUCAGACACUGCCUUUUGUGAUGAGGUCACAGGUACAGUUUCCUUCUGAUGACUUUUCCAUGCAGAUUAUGAGUUUUCUUGGUCUUCUAGAUCUCUUCUUCUACAGACAGUGGAAAUUGUGAGCUGGAAGCUCUUUGAUAUCUUGUUAUAGUGUUCCUCUGCUUUGUAGGCAUCAGUAAGCUUCAUUUUCAAAUCACUAGCCAACUGCUUAGAGGAGCCAAUCGUUGAGUGUUAGCACAAUAUUGGAAGAGUCAGAGAAUUUUUACUCUUCCUAAUGAAUUCCUGCCUAACCAGCCCGAAUGAGCGAAUUAAAACUCAACGAGUUAAGUGAAGUUCUGAGACUUAACAAACAGAUG